AAGGCAAGCAGCGGAUUUUACAUCAAUGCCCACAAGUUCCUAAGUAUACGUGAUUAAUGGUUUUUACAAGGUCAUCACUGUCAUUCGACCUCACACGUCCUUCGCAACCGAAAGAAACUACCUAACUGGAGCCAAACCUCCCUCUCUUCCCUGUGUUAUUCCCCGUGAUUUUCUUUUUGAAAUCCGCCGGAUCCACAAUAGCCCCCAAAUUCCAUUCAGGAAACAAGCAAACCCUAAUUUUCCCCUCUCUGUCUCUUUCGAUAUCGGUCGUUUUGAUUCGAAUCGAGAGGUUGUGGCACGAUGGGCGAUUUCAAUCUCGCUCUCGUGAUCGUCGCUAUAGUGGUGUGCGUCUUGGUGUUCAUCUUCAAUGUAUAUCUCCUCGUCAACUACCAGCACCCUGACGACAAGAACCAGGCGUACUUCCCUAAAUUUGUCGUCGUUUUGGGGCUCUCUGUCGCCGCUAUCUCAAUAUUGAUGUUGCCUGCCGAUGUGGCUAAUCGCCAGGCCUGUCGCCACGCGAUAUAUAAUGGUGCGUGCAAUCUUACAUUGCCAAUGAAGGAUCUAUGGCUCGCGGUCUACAUUCUCGAUGCUGUUCUUGUCUUCUUCGUAAUACCUUUCGCCAUGUUUUACUAUGAAGGGGACCAGGACAAGAGCAUUGGGAAGAGGAUUAAAAGCGCAUUAUUGUGGGUGGUAACAACAGCUAUUGUGUGCGGUCUCGUGCUUGGCAUUUUAUAUGGGCUUGUUGGAAAAGUAGAUUUCACUGUCAGGCAUCUCUCAUCAUCCACCACCACCUUCCCGAAUUCAUGGGAUUUCUCUAGUAGUCAACAAUGUAUUGGAAAUGGUGCACGCCAGUGCUCUGCAUAUUUGGCGAGUGCUUCUUCGGAGAAAACGUGGACAAUGCGCACUACAUUCCCAGAAUAUGUUGUUGCUCUUGCCACCAUUGUUGGAUCUGUACUUUUUUCGAUUUUCGGUGGUGUUGGAAUAGCCUGUCUUCCCCUAGGUCUUAUUUUUGAAUUUAUUCGGCGUCCAAAGGCUGUUAUCACUCGCUCACAGUAUAUAAAGGAAGCAACCGAGCUUGGUAAAAAGGCAAGGGAAUUGAAGAAAGCGGCUGAUGCCCUCCAUCAAGAAGAAAGAAGUGGUUCCAAGGGUAGAAAAUGGCGUAAAAAUGUAAAGGCUGUCGAAAAGGAGCUGCUUCAAUUGGAAGAAGAUGUCAAGCUUUUAGAGGAGAUGUACCCUCAAGGGGAAAAGGCAGAAACUUCUUGGGCUUUGACGGUUCUUGGGUACCUGGCAAGACUUGUGUUGGGGAUCUUAGGGUUGAUUGUUUCAGUGGCUUGGGUUGCACAUAUCGUCAUAUACUUGUUGAUUGACCCACCCCUUUCUGCUUUCUUGAAUGAGGUUUUCAUCAAGCUUGAUGAUGUAUGGGGUCUUUUGGGCACUGCAGCAUUUGCAUUCUUUUGCUUCUACCUUCUACUUGCCGUGAUUGCCGGUGCCAUGAUGCUUGGUCUGAGAUUAGUUUUCAUUACGAUUCAUCCCAUGAAGUGGGGAGCCACUCUAAUGAACUCAUUUCUCUUCAAUGUGGCACUCAUUCUCCUGUGCUCCAUCAGUGUGAUUCAGUUCUGCUCCACAGCUUUUGGUUACUAUGCACAAGCAACAGCAGCGCAGGAAAUAUUUGGCCACACUCUGCAGUCACUACGUGGGAUUAAAUAUUUAUACAAGUACAACGUUUUUCAAAUUGCAUUUGUUGUUCUAGCGGGCUUGACCUUCAUAUAUUAUGCUGGCUUUGGAUGGAGAAGAAAAAAACCUAGUGGCAGGUUCCAACUUUCCUCAUAAGUUAUGCAUUCACUGAUGGAGCCGUCAGAUUCCCAUUUCAGCAUCAGUUUUGGAGUGCUUUCGCGUUCGGAUAUCGCCUGGUUUUAUUAUGUCGCAUGAAUUUGGAGUAGGCAAAUGCCAUACGAAUGAAGUUGUUUGGGAGUAGGUGAGUGCUGCUGUUGUAUCUGCCAGUUUCCUCGUUUCCCCUUUCGUAUUGUAUAAUUCUUUGUUUGAUUAACUAAUGGUGUACACUGGCUUGGGUAUGUAAUUGACACGACUUGGGGAACUGAGUUUGUACUUUGUAGUUUCACUCAUUUUCCUUUUGUACGUAAUUUUCCUCGUUGGAGUGUAAUCUUUGAUGAUGAAUUUUUUGAUGAGCAGCCAUUUUACUUCAUACUUUUGCUUUC